AGAAACAAAAAAGAAGUAAACAUUGGUGAGCAGAAGCACGAAAAGCCAUUUAAUUCUACAAGCUUCAGCAGAAUCUAGCUCCAAACAAUGGUCUCGGCAGCACCAAAUGCAAUGUAUGCCCAGUUGUCCAACCUUAGUUUCUCCCAUCACUUCUUAGUGAUGCUGUUAUCCAUUUUCUUCAUCUUCAUUAUCCCUUGUGCUUUCCCUCUAUCCUUUAACAUCACUAGUUUCGAUCCAAAUGGCAAGAGCAUAAUAUAUGAGGGAUCAGCCAACCCUGUAACACCAGUUAUCGAACUCACAGGAAACGUACGGGACAUCACAGGUAGAGCCACAUAUUUCCAACCUAUGCACCUGUGGGACAAAGCCACAGGGAAUCUCACAGAUUUCACUACCCAUUUCUCCUUUGUCAUAGAUUCACGGAACCGAAGUGGAUAUGGAGAUGGGAUGGCAUUCUUCCUUGCCCCUGCUGGUUUAAAGUUUCCUUAUGUCUCCAGAGGAGGUGCUUUGGGUCUGACACUUGAGAACCAACGAUUAAACUCCACUGACCCAUUUGUUGCUGUGGAGUUUGAUAUCUAUAAGAAUUUCUAUGAUCCACCCGGUGAACAUGUUGGAAUCGACAUCAACUCUUUGAGAUCUGUUGCCAAUGUCACAUGGUUGGCUGAUAUCAAGCAAGGGAAACUCAAUGAGGUUUGGAUCAGUUACAAUUCUAGUUCAUUUAAUUUAAGUGUUGUGUUCACGGGUUUUAACAAUGACACCAUUCUGCGGCAACAUCUAUCUGCCAUAAUUGAUCUGAGACUUCAUUUACCAGAAUUUGUUACUGUUGGCUUCUCAGCUGCCACGGGAAGUGAUACUGCUAUACAUAGUGUCAAUUCAUGGGAUUUUAGUUCAACUUUGGCAGCACAAGAAAACAUAACAAAGGGAGCAGACACAGUUGCAAGGUCUCCAGCAACCUCCAAUAUAGCUCCCAGUCAGAAGAAAAAGAAUAAGACCGGCUUGGCAGUGGGAUUGAGUAUUGGUGGAUUUGUUUUGAUUGGUGGGUUGGGUUUGAUUUCAAUUGGCUUGUGGAAGAAGUGGAAGAAAGGAAGUGUAGAGGAAGAUCUUGUUUUUGAAGAGUAUAUGGGAGAAGAUUUUGGAAGGGGGGCAGGACCCAGGAAGUAUUCAUAUGCUGAAUUAACAGAGGCAGCUAAUGGUUUCAAAGAUGAGCACAAGCUAGGACAGGGAGGAUUUGGAGGUGUUUAUAAGGGUUAUCUUAAAGACAUAAAGUCUCAUGUAGCUAUUAAGAGGGUGUCAGAAGGCUCUGAUCAAGGGAUAAAGGAGUUUGCUUCAGAAGUAAACAUUAUUAGCCGGUUAAGGCAUCGAAAUCUAGUGCACUUGAUCGGUUGGUGUCAUGCAGGGAAAAAGCUCUUACUUGUGUAUGAGUACAUGCCAAAUGGAAGCUUAGAUAUUCAUCUUUUCAAGAAGCAAAGUUUGUUGAAAUGGACGGUGAGAUAUAACAUAGCUCGAGGAUUGGCCUCCGCAUUGCUAUACUUGCACGAGGAAUGGGAACAAUGUGUUGUGCACAGAGACAUAAAGUCAAGCAACAUUAUGCUGGAUUCAGAGUUUAAUGCCAAACUUGGGGAUUUUGGCUUAGCAAGGUUUGUGGACCAUGCAAAAAGUGCACAAACUACAGCUUUAGCUGGGACUAUGGGCUACAUGGCUCCUGAAUGUGCUACCUCGGGCAGGGCUAGUAAGGAGUCAGAUGUCUACAGUUUCGGAGUUGUUGCUUUAGAGAUAGCUUGUGGAAGAAAACCCAUAAACCAUAGGGCUCAAGAAAAUGAAAUAAAUAUUGUGGAAUGGGUGUGGGGACUCUAUGGAGAAGGGAGAAUUCUUGAAGCAGCAGAUCAAAGACUAGAAGGGGAAUUUGAGGAGGAGCAAAUAAAAUGCUUGAUGAUUGUUGGUCUUUGGUGUGCUCACCCUGACCAUAACAAUAGGCCUUCAAUGAGGCAAGCGAUUCAAGUGCUUAACUUUGAAGCUCCCUUGCCUAAUCUUCCAUCAAGUUUGCCUGUUCCUACAUAUCUUGAAGGCCCCUUGCACUCAUUCAUAGCACCAUUCAGCAUAACUUCUUCGAAGGAAGGUCAAAGCCAGAUCACAGGCUCCAGUUCCAACACAAACUCCACCGGGUUCACCACAAAAUCUGAUGAUGCUUCUCCUUCUGUGUCGCUUCUGUACUCACGGUGAAAUUGAUUCUAUCUGAAUGCUUCUUUUCUUCUUUUUUAUGAGUAUAUUUAAUUCUCUCUCUGUACACAGUAUCAGUCACAUUUCUUUAAAGUCAGAUAUUGUCGUCCAUGUAUUUGAAAAUGGAAAAGUAGUUCAAUUUUCUGGCUAGUUGUUCA